AUGUUGAUACGAAUCCGUAACAACGUGGGCACUUGGAAGCUUCAAUUGGACACCGACAACGGCGAUAUCGACUACCAAGGCUGGACUGUGAAGGAUGUCUUAUCAGACGGCGCCUUCGAGCAGUACAAGCUGGUGCAACCAUUAAGUUUGGAUCCAUCAGGCACAAAACCACUGUUAAAGACCAAGACUUUACUCGAGCAAGGACUGAGUCACGGAUCAAUGAUCUAUUGCCGUGUCAAAGAACGUGAUCUCUUGGCAGACGAUGAUAGUGACUCCUCGGUGGAAGCAUGCCGUCCGCAACUUGAGAAAAAUAGAACUAAACCCGUCGAGUCUUUGGCCACCAAUAGUCUAUCAGAGCCAUUCAAGGAACCCAAAGUAGCGAGAAAAGCGACAUCCGCUUUACCUUCAAGACCUUCAAGCGAAGUAAUUGAAAUAUUAUCCAGUGAUGAUGAGGGUGAUACUAACAAGAGCAAACGAAAGCCAUCUCCUGUAAAGAAAAAGAGAGCAGCAACCAAGCGGCCAUCUUCUCCAUUCGAUGGAGCUUCGGGUUCCACUUCUGCCAAGAAAGCCAGAACCAACCCUACGUCUCAAUCUUCUGCACCUCAAAAAGAGUCAUCGUCUUCUUCUAUCGAUUUUAAGAUUGCUUCAUACAACAUCUGGUUUGGUCCUCCUGACCCAACGGUUAACCAGCUCUAUCCUAAAGAACGGAUGGAAGCUAUUGCGAAAGUCCUUGAACAGAUCAAGAGGAUGGAUGGAGACUCGCCGCUCUUAUUUGUUGGAUUCCAAGAAAUGACAACUUCCUUGCGAAUGUAUUUGCAGCCACAUCUGGAAACCAUGGGGUAUCGAUUGGCCACACAACCACUGGGGGAUGCAUAUGGUGUAGGACUUGCCGUCUCGAAGCAGUUGGAAGUACUGGAAUCCAAAUUUGUCCCGUACUCCCUAUCCGUACAAGGACGUGGCGUAUUGUUCGCUCGAACAGCUACCCAUUUGUUUUGCACAACUCAUUUGGAGUCAUUCAUCAAUCAGUCCAUGGAUGGAUCGAAAGAACGAGAAGUACAGAUACGACAAGCGGCAUAUUUUUGUCAAGAUCAGUUGACGAAGCAUCCAAACUUGGAGGUUGCCAUGAUUGCGGGGGACUUCAACUGGGACGAUGAACGGAAACGAGGACAAGGACCCAAUAGAGAUCUUCUUGCUGUAUUGGAUGACGGAUGGAAGGAUGCAGGAGAAAAGUUUGAUUAUACCUACGAUGCGAAAGAGAACUGCAUGCUUGCGGGAAACUUGCGCCGACGAUUUGAUCGUUGCAUCUACCUCACUCCAGAAAGCAAGAGGAACAAGGCAAAGGCUGGUUUGAAGAAAUUUGGAAUGGCUCCAAUACAUCCUCCAUUGAUUUGGAAUAAGAGAAACCCGUACAACAAUAGUUUUCGCAAAGUUAAGGUUGGCCCAAGCGAUCACUUUGCCAUUGGCGUCAGAUUCCUGCUGGGCUGA